AUGAGCAAAAACCUCAAAGAAGAGCAAGAUAAAUACACAGACUUUUUAGAAAAUAUCCAGCAAAUCUCUGAAGGUCGAGAGGAAGAGUUUAAGAAGGCGCUCCGUCAAGAAGGACAAGAAAUCAGUCAAAACCUUGCACGGCAUGCAUCAUUUUCAGGCUUGAAAAAGCUCGUACAAGAAGUUGAGGCUGAAACUCCUGAAGAAACAGAAACCCUGGUGCUUCUUAGAUCUGUAUUAUAUAAUUAGAAAGCUCACCAAAGAUUAAAACUUUAUGCAUGUCUUGGAUGUGCAGCAUCUUCAAGUAUCGCUUGUAAAAUAUAAGCAGUGAUUUAUUCUGAUAUGUUGAAAACUAAGUGGAAAGUUGUUAUGUCGUUGAUGGGGAUAUACUUGGGAGGGAUUUACUCGCAAACUGUUAGUAAUAAAGAAAUGAUGAGAAGAUUAGAAGCACUUGGACCAGAAUAUCAAUUAAGUAGAAUAGCCAGGGAUGAGGCUCUACAAUGGAAUAUAGAGCCAAAUAAGUAA